AUGCAGUUGGCUGUCUUGUCGCCUCUGCUGCCCGUGCUGGCGCAUGCCGCUCCACUUUGGGCCAAUGAUUCUUCAACCCUCGCUCUAGAGACCUUGCCUACCAACACCAGAACGACCACGCUGCCAACCGUGGAUUCUCCAUGCAAUAGUGUAAGUAUACCUGCCGAACUCGCCUACGAUUGUCUAAACUCGAUCCCCUUCAACCAGAGUGCCGCGGCCGCCUUGAUGGAUNAUGCAGAAAAGGUUCAGCCACCAUACGACUUUUGGGCGACUUUCAAUACCAUCGAAGCUAACGUCGCCGACGGAGCUUAUGCCAGCGAGUACGACUUUGGAUGGGAUCUCUACCAAUCCACCCAGCUAGCACACGACGGCGGCCACUUCGCCUACAUACCAAAUGUUCUUACACUCUUCGCUUUCGGACGUACGACUCCACUCGUGUCUGUUUCUGAAGACGGUAAAGAUCUACCAGUCGUCUACGCCUACGCAGACAUCCUGGCCUCUCAAGGUUGCCGUUGCAAUUCGUCCUUCAAGCCUUUUCAUAUCGUGCAAAUUGAUGGGAGGGACACCACCGAGUUCCUGCUCGGACUGUCGCAGGACAGUGGUUUUACAGACAGAGAUGCGAAGUGGAACUCCAUCUUCUACUCGAACGCGAAGGCUUCGGGUGCAAGUGGUGACACUGGAUCCUUUUCCGGCGGUGACCGUAGCCCCAUCAUCUAUCCAGGGCCUACGACUACUCUGACUUUCGCAAAUGGAACCAAUAUCGUCAUCGAGAAUUAUGCCGUUUCCCGUUUUGGUGUCAAAGGAAUUCAGUCUGGAGCUGACAUCUACAAUAACUAUCUCACCCCGCAGCCUGAGGCCUAUCUCAACGUGUUUGAGGGGCUGCAGCUUGAGAAUGAGCGGAAUGGCGAGAACAAGGACAACGAUAUGCGUCUUCCUUACUUCAAACCAGAACGCAUUACUCACUUUGCAGAAGUCGAUGACAAUUCAUUGGAAGAUCAUUCCAAAACCAUGCCUGCUCCUGGCUAUCCAUCUCCCGUCGUACGAUCCCGGCAGAACCUCAACGGAGGCUACUUCCUCGAGGAACCUGGCUUCGAAGAUGUUGCCGUUCUGACAGUGGGAUCCUUUGUAAGCAUGCCACUCGCCGGACCUGAAUUCAAGAAAGUCAAUACCGAAUUCAUCGCCGCCGCCUUGGCUGCAAAUAAGACCAACCUGAUCAUCGACGUCAGCGCGAACGGUGGCGGUACAAUCAUGCAAGGCUACGAUCUCUUCAAGCAGCUCUUCCCUUCCAUACACCCAUAUGGUGCGACCCGCUUUCGUGCCCACGAAUCAGUUGACCAGAUAGGUGAGAUAUACUCGAACACGAGUUGUUCCCCAGACAACCCUGUACUGAUACCGUGGGACUACCGUACCGAUGUCGACUCGGACGACCAACCAUGGCCCUCUUGGAAAGAAAAGUAUGGGCCCCAUAACCUCGGAAACGAUACUUAUUCUUCGCUCAUCCGUUGGAAUCUCAAUGAUCCCAUGAUGGCUCAACACGCUGGUGGCAUCGACGUAUCUGGGUACGGCAAUGAUUCCAACGCAUCUAAUGAGCAGCCCUUCAAAACUGAGAACAUUAUCCUAGGCGUAAAGACAAUUGCUCUCGGCGGUCGUCCCUCCACCGACCUCAUGCAAGGCGUCGGCGGCGUCAAAGACACAUCCGUAUAUCAAUGGUCAUACAUCUGGGACACCGUGGCACAAACCAUUAUCUGGUCGCAAGACAAGGAGGAACUCAAGGACACUGUAUUGGCAAAGUACACCAAGCUGCCACUAGCUCGAGGCAAAAGCGCUUCCGUCAACUUCCGCGAUGGUAUCAGGAAAGGUGACGAGCAGCAGACUCCAUAUCAAUUCAUCUAUGAACCCACUGACUGCCGCAUGCUCUACACAAAAGCCAUGGUGCUUGAUCAGAGUGCUGUAUGGAAAACUGUGGCCGACACCGUCUGGGGUGAAGGAAACGCAUGUAUUGCUGGCUCCAACAACUUCUACGGCAACAAAGAUAAGCACGAUGGAUUAAAGACACCAAGUAUGCCAGGCGACGGACACAGAGUUUGGGAUGUCAGAAGCGACUUUGAUGUUGAGGAAGCCUGGAAGGGAUUGGAGGUUGAGCACACGCCUAAAUGGGAGCGUCACGAGAAGGAGGACUGGGUU